AGUAGCUUCCUUUUCGCUUCUAACCCUUUAAGCAAUGGCCUCCCUCUACUGGGUUCCAAUUUUUUUCAACAAUUUCAUCUUUUUCAACUCGGGUUUUUAAUUCUUUUCUUGUUCCCUUCUUGAUUCUGUGUUUUCUCUGCCAUAACAUCUUCACACCCUCAUACCCCAUCUCUUGUUUUUCUUCUAAUCACUGAAUUUUUCAUCUCAAGCCCUUGUGUUUGUUGUUAUCAAUUGAUUUUACUCUCAAUUUUCUUUUGUGAUUCUCGUUUGUGGAGCUUCUUAGUGGGUUAUCUUCAACUGGGUCCUGCUUCAAUCCUCUUGAUGGAUUUCUGGUCAUUCUUCAAACGCCUUUUUGUCUGUACUCUCUCCUCAAAGAUACAUUAACACGAAGGGGGCUUUUGUAAAACCAGUUAAAUGUCAUUCCGUAGCAUACUUCGUGAUGUGAGGGAUGGAUUUGGAAGCUUGUCAAGACGUAGUUUUGAGGUGAGGCUGUCUGGAAAUUCCAGGGGUAAAUCUCAUGGACCAGUUCAUGAGUUUAAUGAUGAGCCUCUGCUAAUUCAGACUAGCCGUUGGGCUAGCCUUCCACCCGAAUUAUUAUGUGAUGUGGUCCGAAGACUGGAGGCAAGUGAGAAUACUUGGCCUUCUCGGAGAAAUGUUGUUGCUUGUGCUGCUGUAUGUAGGUCAUGGAGGGACAUGUGCAAAGAAAUGGUCAAAUGCCCUGAAUUAUCUGGGAAGAUUACCUUCCCAAUUGCCUUGAAGCAGCCUGGGCCGCGUGAUGGCACUAUUCAAUGCUUUAUCAAGAGGAACAAAUCUAAUUUAACUUAUCAUCUUUAUCUUUGUCUGAGUCCUGCUUUACUUGUUGAAAAUGGGAAAUUUCUUCUUUCUGCAAAAAGAACCAGGAGAACUACUUCUACAGAGUAUGUUAUAUCAUUGGCUGCAGACGAUAUAUCAAGAUCGAGCAACGGUUAUAUUGGAAAGCUAAGAUCAAACUUUCUGGGAACCAAGUUCAUUAUAUAUGAUACACAGCCUCCUUACAACAGCAACCAAAUUCCAACCCUAGGGCGAAGCCGAAGAUUCUACUCCAAAAAGGUCUCACCAAAGGUCCCAGCUGGAAGCUACAGCAUUGCACAAAUUGCGUAUGAGUUGAAUGUAUUAGGUACAAGGGGGCCUCGGAGAAUGAACUGCACCAUGUACUCAAUCCCCACUUCAUCUCUUGAGCCAGGUUGCUCAGUUCCAGGCCAGCCCGAGCUCAAUCCUCGCCCUCUUGAAGACUCGUUUCGUAGUAUCUCAUUCUCCAAGUCGAUCGACCAUUCCACUGAGUUCAGCAGUUCCCGUUUCUCCGAUGUUGCGGGCAUGCUGGUUGAUGAAGAUGGCGAGGGGAAGGAUCGACCCUUGAUUCUCCGGAACAAGGCACCUAGAUGGCACGAGCAGUUACAGUGUUGGUGUCUCAACUUUCGUGGGAGGGUGACGGUUGCAUCUGUAAAGAACUUUCAACUGAUUGCUGCAACCUCACCUGCUGCCGAAGCCCCCGUACCGUCGCAGCCACCUCCCCAGCCCGCCCAACCUACCCAUUCUGACCACGACAAGAUCAUUCUUCAGUUCGGAAAGGUUGGCAAGGACAUGUUCACGAUGGAUUAUCGAUACCCGCUGUCUGCAUUCCAGGCUUUUGCUAUAUGUCUAAGCAGCUUUGACACUAAAUUGGCAUGUGAAUAGACAAGAAAGAGAAAAGAAGAAACAUGAAAAAUUGAAGAAUUGAGAUAAUGGUAAGAAAUGAAGAAAAGAAUUUGAGUUGGGAAUUAGUGGGGUUUUCCGUAGUGUUUUUUUUUUUUUAUAGGGUGAUGUUUGAAUGCAGUUUGUAUUAAAUUAGAAACUCUCACUCACUCCAAAGAAUUAGAACCAUUUCUUUGAACCUCUCUCUCAUCACUCAUGGAGGUCACCUUUUCUCUC